AAAUGCUUGGAGUGGUUUUUCCAUCAGAGUGAAAAGAAGACUUCUUUAUUUGUCCUGAUCUGACAUCUAUCGGGAUUAAAACAAACUAUACCUGCUCUCCUGUGAUUCUAGCAAAAAUAAGUUGUACAAUUGCUGAGAUGAAAACCAAACUGAGAUUAAGUUGGACCCUCCUGUUCUUCCAGGUUGUAUUAUGCGAAGACCUAAGUCAUCUGCCCGUUGAGCACAGAGGUGGAGAUGUCGUCCUUCCUCCCAAUGGACCUUUAGCUUUACCUCAACGUGCACCUUUAUAUAAUAAUAAACGACAGACUGCUCCUAUUGCUCCUACUACUGGAGAUAAUGAUGACAUCUGGCCAUCUGCUGCACAGUCAGCUGAUCAACCUCAGAUACAAGACAUUCAGGUUCAAUGUGAGAAAACUAGUGUAAGAGUAAACAUCAAGUUUGACCGGCCCUUCUACGGAAUGGUGUUCAGCAAGGGGUUCUACUCGGACCCUAAAUGUGUUCACCUGGCGGCAGGAAGCGGAACUAUUACUGCUAGCUUUGAGAUUUUCCUAAACCAGUGCGGUAUGACGAGCAGCGGGAAUACAGAGAACUACGGUCAACCCAACCCUGCUGGAAGCUUUGUAGAGAGCACUGUAAUAAUCCAGUAUGAUCCGCUUGUUCAAGAAGUAUGGGACCAAGCAAGGAAGCUUCGAUGUACCUGGUAUGACUAUUAUGAGAAAAGUGUAACAUUCCGUCCUUUCCAAGUUGACAUGAUCAAUGCCGUGACAGCAAACUUCUUGGGAGAUAACCUUCAAUGCUGGAUGCAGAUUCAGGUCGGGAAAGGACCAUGGUCCAGUGAAGUUAGCGGUAUUGUUAAGAUAGGACAAACUAUGACGAUGGUGUUAGGAAUCAAGGAUGAUGAGAAUAAGUUUGAUAUGCUGGUUAGAAACUGUGUUGCUCAUGAUGGAAAACGGUCUCCAAUCCAGUUGGUAGACGAACUUGGAUGUGUCACAAGGCCAAAGAUCAUGUCUAACUUUCAAAAAAUGAAAAACUUUGGUUCCUCCGCUUCAGUCGUAUCAUAUGCCUACUUCCAGGCGUUCAAAUUCCCAGACUCUAUGAACGUUCACUUCCAGUGUGUAAUCCAGGUUUGCAGAUUUAAUUGUCCGGAUCCAGUUUGUGGUGGAGGAGAUAUCGCAGCAUCAGCUCCAGGCACGGAUAUUGCACCAGCUUCCAUCAACUAUGGCGGACCUAAUGAACGCUCCUUCAAUGUCGAUCCCCGUGUUGCCCGUCCUGCUGGCCUCGUUAUUGGAGAAGAUCAGUUUGACCAGCUACUCUCUCCGGAGCAACAAAAACCAGUUUUCAUCGAUGUUGGUCCCCAAGGAAGCAGACGCCGGGAUGGUCCUAUUCCACCUAAAGGAAUCAAUACAAUUCCAAUCGUUGGACGUGCACCACGUGUGAAUGCACCUCCUGCUAUACCCGAUCUAAAGCGGACCAUCAGGGACCUUCUGAAGCGGAAAGCGCUGAAGGACCAGGAGCAGUUAAGACGAGUGAGGAGGGAAAGCGAAGAUAUCAUGAGUACUAAGGCUAGACAGGACAAUGAGGGUAGACCUACAUUAAGAAGAAUUUAUAAAAGAGCAGCCCAGGAGAUGGCAGACAUUGAGACAAACAGUGUUAUCCAGGUUUUAUCUCCUGGUGAUGUUGCAUUCACACUUGGGUCCGGGAAUGACACAACAGUGGUCCUCAACUCCUCGGAGUGGGACCAGGACAACAUCUGCAUGUCCUGGUCUUCUCUUGUGGGAGGGCUGGUUAUGCUCAUAGGUAAUAUUUAGUUAAUCAAAACUACUUUAC